AUGGCAAAAAGAAAGGCAGACAACAGGAACUUUCUGGACAGGUGGGAGACAGAAUAUCUGUUUACAUAUGUAAAAGACAGACCUGUUUGUCUGAUUUGUGGAGUCAACGUGGCUAUAACUAAGGAGUACAACAUUCGACGACACUAUGAAACAAAACACCAUGACAAGGACCUGGACAUGACUCAAAAGAGCCAGAAAGUGGAGGAGAUGAAAAGAAGUUUGGUUUCACAACAGAAUAUGUUCAAAAAAGCCACAUCACAAAGUGCCUUUUCAAACGUGAGCCUGAGCAGAAACACAGUAGCUGAUCGCACAUGUGAUCUUGCCACCAAUCUGUAUGACCAGCUUUUGGAAAAGGGAAAAGAUUUCGUUGCAUUCUCCCUUGCUGUGGAUGAGAGCAGCGACGCAUCUGAUACUGCUCAGCAGUUAGUCUUCAUCCGUGGAGUGGACUCAAAUAUGUGUGUUACGGAGGAGCUAUUGGGAUUCAAAUCAAUGCAUGGCACAACCACAGGAAAGGAAAUCUUUGAGGAGGUUUCCAAAUGCGUAACUGAAAUAAAGCUCGUGGGAUUAACGACAGAUGGUGCGCCAGCGAUGUGCGGUAAAACAAGUGGACUGGUGGGCAGGGUCCGGGAGAAGAUGCAGGAAGAGAACUGUGCAGGUGAACUAACUGUUUAUCACUGCAUCAUACAUCAGGAAUCACUGUGUGGCAAAGCCCUAAAGAUGGAACAUGUUAUGACCACAGUAACACAAGUAGUUAACUUUAUAAGAGCCAAAGGUCUGAAUCACCGCCAGUUUAAGUCUUUUCUGGAGGAGUGUGGUUCGGCGUAUUCAGACGUGCCGUAUCACACAGAGGUGAGAUGGUUAAGCCGAGGAAAAGUACUGAAUAGAUGUUUUGAGCUGCAUGAGGAAAUAUGUCAGUUUCUGGAAAGCAAAGGGAAGGACACAGCAGAGCUUCGGGAGAAAAAGUUUCUGUGUGAGCUGGCCUUUCUGUGUGACAUCUCGAGCCAUCUCGAUGCGCUGAACCUGCAGCUUCAGGGGCGCGGGCGCAUCAUCACAGACAUGUACGCUGCAGUGAGGGCUUUUAAAACUAAACUGUGCCUGUGGGAGAAUCAGAUGCUGCAAGGAAACCUUGGCCAUUUUCCCUGCUGCCAAACCAUGAAAACGCAGUUCUUUACCAACUUGUUCCCAUACGCACAGUUUGCUGAAAAACUCAGUGUACUCGGCGCUGAGUUUAGCCGGCGAUUUGCCGACUUUGAUGUCCAGAAAUGUAGGUUUGAACUGCUCAGUAAUCCCUUCGCAGUUAAUGUGGAAAACGCACCAACCAACCUCCAAAUGGAGCUAAUUGAACUCCAGUGUAAUGACACGCUGAAGUCAAAGUAUGAUGCUGUGGGCGCCGCACAGUUUCCACAGUUCAUCCCUGACACAAUGCCUCAGCUCCGCACCCAAGCUGCUCAGAUGCUCUCCAUGUUCGGCAGCACUUAUCUAUGUGAGCAACUUUUCUCCUCAAUGAAGAUGACCAAAACAUCUCACAGGAGAGGUCUGACUGAUUAA